GAAUGUCAAAGGUAAGCGGUAGCACACUGCUGGCCCUUGCGAUGCAAAUUAAAUUUCGUUCUGCCCACCUAUUUAUUCCAGCUCCUCCCUUUCCUACAACUUCCACCUUCGUCUCCAGCACCAACUCUUUCUACAUCAACCUGCCACCCUCUUCCAGACAUCAUGGUCUUCCUCAUGCUUGCGCCCGUGCUCUGCGCAUUCGUCGGCAUAGGCGCGCUCAGUUGGGUAGCUUCUUUAGCAGCGCGAGAUGUCAACGGAAUCCAGCGCAGUGCUACGCUUCCGGCCAUGUUGCACUUUCCCGUGGAAAGUCUCUCCGCGUACGACAUGUCAGUGGUGGAUGGCAUGAGUGUCCGCCUUGAUCCCGAACGCAGCGCGCCUCUUGGCUACCAUGGCGCCAUCUUUGAGAAUGAGGCGAAGAACUUCAGUCGCGAUGGGUUAGUUACAGGCGUAGGGGAGCAACGCAAGCCGGGCGUUCACCACGGCAAGCUCUUCGUGCCGCUCAGCGAAGGUGGAGAUAAUGUGGAAGGCAAGUGGUUCGCAGUCGACUCAGCCGUUGCCGAGAACACUACCAUCGACGCUUUCGACAAUCUCAAGAAUGCGGUGACAGGUGUAGCCGGAGAGAUUGCAGGUCCCCAGGAAGCACUUCACCUGGUCGCCGCCCUGAUUGCUGUGGCUGAAGAUAUGAAGUGGGAGUAAGGAGAGUUCUGCAUUGACAUGCUCGAGUGAUGCAAGGGAGAAGAUGAAAUCUGAAGGUGAUUGUUGGAGGUGCAAGCGUUGAUGAUUUGAGAAUGGGAUUCAAGUCUUCGUUCGUCGGCGACCAAAGGGCGAAAAAGAUUGAAAGCUUGGGGGUUGGAAUGGUGUCGAUGGUUCUUGGUCGCUUGGUAGCUCUACCUUGUCCGAUUUGGUUGAUCAAAUCUGAACACAUGUAGGUGUCACGUUCGAGCUCUGUCUUCGCGGCAGAUACAUCCCUGCCCGGACAACAGGCGCCGUCCUUGCCGCGUGCGGUUCACGUGGUCAUCUGCAAAUGUCGCGAUGUGGAAAGUCUACGUGUGCCGUGUGCCGAACGAUUCAGCCCACGACCGCCUUUAGCCUCGGCCGGCUCGCCAGGCCUCGCGAUCUAGUCGAGUAGAAGUACUAACGACUCCCGCGCUAUUU